UCUUUAUUCUGGAGCUUCAAGGAGUGACUUUUUUUAAAAAUUCAGAGCUGUUUCAUUUAAAUCCAUGAAUCCUUGUGUGAGAGAAGUCAUAGAGAAUGAUACUCUGUUUGGAUGUUUCUUCCAAGUAAGGAUACUUCAUGAUGCAUCUUAAGGCAAUGAACCUAUCUGAUGGCUGUCAGGAAUAUUUCUGUCCAGAGAGAUCUGUUUCUUUAUCUGUCUAUGUGAUUCAGUAUGUGGCCGCAGCAGCUGUGGCUCUUCUGACCGUGUGUGGAAACCUGCUGGUCAUCAUCUCUGUUAGUCACUUCAAGCAGCUCCACACACCUGCUAACAUCCUCAUCCUCUCUUUGGCUGUGUCUGAUCUGCUGGUCGGAGUUUUUGUGAUGCCACUUCAUUUGCCUUGGCUCAUCGAGUCUUGUUGGAUUUCUGGACCAGUUAUGUGCUUGGUUUACGAUUUUGUGAAUUUUCAUGUGACAAGCGUGUCUGUUCACACUGUGGCUCUAAUCGCAGUUGAUCGGUUUUUGGCUUUAAGUUAUCCUUUUUUUUAUUCUGAGAAAAUCUCACCCACUGUGACCUGCAUUGCAACUUUAUUUAACUGGCUAUUUUUACUCUUUUAUAACUUCAGUCUUCUCUACAUUAAUGGAAACUUCACUGGUGUCACAUGUCCAGGAGAAUGUGUUUAUAAUAUAGAUGAGGUUUCAUUCUUCAUUGAUCUCCUGGUUGUGUUUCUUAUGCCAUGUACACUCAUCAUAAUAUUAUACACUCGUGUUUUUGUCAUUGCUAAGAAACAUGCGACUGCUAUAAGAGCCCUUCAGGUUCACAACAGCACCUCUAAAAACAGAGUCAGUGACAAAUCAGAGCGAAAAGCUGCGAUUCUGCUGGGGAUUCUGGUCUUUUUGUUUCUUCUGUGUUUACUGCCAUAUUAUAUUUGUUCUUUAGUGAUUCCAAACAGUAAUCCUUACUAUUUUUUUGUCAGAGAUGUUUCUGGAAUAUUUUUCCUUCUGAACUCCACCAUUAAUCCCAUCAUUUAUGCCCUAUUCUUUGCCUGGUUUCGGAAAAGCUUAAAAUUAAUUUUCACAUUUAAAGUGUUUAAUAAAGACUCCUCCCUGAUGAAUGUGAUGUAAGAGAUUGAAUGUAAGA